AUGUCAGGCACAGCCGGUACUCUUCUGAGACGGCUCAAAAGUAUUGGUAGGCAGUCCAGUGUUGAGACUCCCCCGGGGUAUUACUUCCGCCAAGGCGUGGGCACCGGCGCGAACAACUGGCUGAUCGAUCUCCCCGUGGGCGGGUGGUGUACCACCGUCCAGGAAUGCGCGAAGCGCGCGGGGACCGAGUUCGGCUCCACGCGCCGCUGGCCCAAAGUGCUCGGCGGAGGAGGCGCGGCCGCCUCCGCCGCUUCCGCCGUGGCGGACGCCGUGUACCAGUAUUCGGUGACGGCGGCGGGCGCAAGGUCGUCGUCGCGCGGCAUCCUGAGCACGGACCCGCGCGUGAACCCCACGUUCCACAACUGGAACCUCGUGCGUUUCGUGUACUGCGACGGCGGCGGGUACGCCGGUCGAGUGCGGUGGAAGCCGGUGAACUCGAGCCUCAUCGUGUACCUAGACGGAUGGAGAAUAUCCAAGGCUAUCUUCAUGGAUCUCCGCACGCGGCGCGGGCUGACGUCCGCGACGAACAUCAUCAUGUCGGGGAGCUCCGCGGGCGGGCAGGCGGUGGUGACGCUCUGCGACCAGCUGGCGGAGAUGGCGCCCGCCGCGCGCACCAAGUGCCUCAUGGAUUCGGGCUUCUUCAUUGACUCCCCCGACCGCGCGGGGGUGUACUCUUUCCGCGCCAUGGCGCAGCGCCUGGUGGGGCUGCACCAGUCGCUGGGGAACCCGCGCUGCCAGCGGGGUGAGUAG